AUGUCGAACUACGCGCGUCCGCUGCCGUCGCAUCUCCGUAACCAGUCGCUGGGCGGAUCACAGCAACAUUCACCAGUCCUACUUGCGCGCAUUGCAGAGAAGAAGGCUGAACUCGCGAACCUCAAAGACUUAGAGGCACUCAGCGGAGGGCUGGCAGAUCAGAUGCAACUGCUCGCUGAUAAGCUCUCGACACUUUCAGACGGCACGGAAGCGGUCGCAGCCGUCCUAUCAAACUGGCACAAUGUCCUCCGCGCUAUCAACAUGGCGUCCACAAAAUUACCAAAGCCGAAGGAAGAGGAAGACGCAGACGCGAAGCCGGACGCAGACCCUCCACUGCCCCAGACUCUUGUCCGCAUUCCCACGCAGCACGCUCCUGCAGUGAUUGAGCAGGCUAAUGCAGGUGCUGCACCGGAAUGA